ACAAUUUCAUGCAUGAAUCAUGAAAAUCAUAAAAUGCUGAAAUUUCAAAAAGUUUCUCAUCAAUUCGUAUGAAUUGCUCAUUUCUUUGCUAUUUUUGCUUGAGCUUAGUAAAGGCAGAGACUUAUAUAUAGCAAAGAAUUUUCCAAGCAGAAAUGAAUAUACAGACAUACAUUCAUUCAUUUUUUUGAAGACAAUUUUAUAAUCAUGAGUUCAACAACCGUCCUUGAAGCAUUUCCAAAGUUAACGCUUGACCAACAAGCAGCACCAGAGUCGAACAACGAAAACCAGGAAUUUUCAUUUUCCAAAAGCGUCUUUAAUGGUCAUUCUACAAGAGUACCUGAUGACGAGAAGCUUGUUGUGAAAGAGAACGAUGGUACCUUAACAAAGUAUUCUGUUCCUAAAGACUAUGAAUACGCAGACUUGCUUCCCUCAUUCCCAGAUACCAAGGACAAGCCUCUUGAUGAAGUCGAAUAUCACGAUCGCGGACUCCAUGCUGAUCCAAGUUUUUCCAACCUAUUCCGAGAUGUUACAAAGAUCGAGCAUCUUGGAAGAGACCUGGGAACUGUCUUGCACGGAGUUCAGCUGAGUCAACUAACUGACGUACAGAAGGAUGAGUUGGCGAGACUCAUGGCAGAACGAGGAGUCGUUUACUUCCCCGAUCAAAAACAAUCCAUUGAGGAAUUUGAAUCGUUGGGUUUGUAUUAUGGUACACCUCAUAUUCACGGUGCUAAUGCGAUUCCAAGAAAUGAUCGCUGGAAAAACUUUCAUGUUGUGUAUACCGACGAUAAAAACCAAUCGGACACGGUCCAAAACGUCCCUCAAAUUAGACAAAUUCACACAGACGUUAGUUUUGAAGAACAACCUACAGCACAAACUUUCUUCAAGGCUCUAAAAAUCCCCAGCCAGGGUGGCGAUACCGUGUUUUAUUCAGGAUACGCUGCUUAUGAGACGCUUUCCGAACCCUUAAAGAAAUACUUGGAAGGUUUAACAUUGGUACACUCUGGUGUCGAGCAGGCAGAGAUGAGACGCAAAGCAGGACAUGCUACUCGCCGAGAGGGAAUUCUGAACGCUCAUCCAAUUGUCCGUACCCAUCCAGUAACGGGAUGGAAGUCUUUAUACGUUAGUCCUUCUUUCAGUCGGUACAUUCCUGAAGUGCCUAGAGCGGAGUCUGAUGCGAUUUUGGACUUUUUGUACCAACAUAUAGCAACUUUGUCUGCUUCUUCAGUCAAAAUUCGAUGGGCUGAAAACGGUGUGGUUGCAUGGGACAAUCGUGUAGUCGUUCACCGUGCAACAUAUGAUCAUUACCCCCAAACCCGUCAUUUCAUUCGUAUUGCAGCCCGUGGUGAGAAACCCUUUUUGGACAAGAACAGCCGUCAGCGCAAAGACGUGCUUUCGGAAUCAAAGUAACGCACUAGGCGUUUAAUGACAAUAAUAACCAACUUCCAAAUAUAUUCUAUUCAAA